CACCGCACAACCCAACGAAUAAGUUUACGAAGACGAAGACGCAGAGAAGUAUUCAACAAAUAUUCCCUCCCUCCAUCUUCCCCCUUGGCUUCAGACCCGCGACCAAGCUCUUCAUUAAUGGAGAACGGAAACUCGUCUUCCUCAACCGAAGGGAAAGCAAUAAGAUGCAGAGCUGCUGUCUGCAGAGAACCAGGACAGCCCUUGGUGAUUGAAGAAAUCGAAGUUGACCCUCCUCGAGCUUAUGAAGUUAGGAUCAAGAUUAUCUGCACAUCUCUCUGUCACAGUGAUGUCACCUUCUGGAAAAUGCCUGCUGGACCCUUCUCCAUUUUUCCUAAAAUAUUCGGGCAUGAGGCGGUCGGAGUUGUGGAAAGCGUGGGCGAGUACGUAGAGGAAGUGAAAAAAGGAGACACCGUAGUGCCGGUUUUCAUUCCGGACUGCAGAGAAUGCAGAGACUGCAAGUCAACGAGGAGCAACAUUUGUUCAAAGUUUCCAGACGAUCCAACUCAGAACACGCGAAGAGACGGAAGCAGCAGGUUCAGGGACAUGAAUGGAGAAACCCUUCAGCAUUUUCUUUUCGUGUCCAGCUUCUCCGAGUACACGGUCGUCGACGUCACCCAUAUCGUCAAGAUCUGCCCGGAGAUUCCCGUCGACAAGGCCUGUAUGCUCAGCUGUGGAGCGUCAACAGGUAUUGGAGCAGCAUGGAAAGUGGCAGACGUAGAAGAGGGCUCCACUGUAGCCAUUUUUGGGCUGGGUGCCGUCGGACUUGCGGUCGCAGAAGGAGCAAGAUUACGUAAAGCUUCAAAAAUUAUAGGUGUUGAUUUGAACCCGGAGAAAUUUGAAAUAGGCAAAAGAUUUGGAGUCACCGAUUUCGUCAACCCUGCCGCAUGUGAAGGAAAGUCAGCUACUAAGGCAAUUAUAGAAAUGACAAAUGGAGGAGCUGACUAUUCCUUUGAGUGUAUUGGGCUGGCAUCGCUGAUGAAUGAUGCAUUCUUCAGCACUCGCAAGGGUUGUGGAAAGACGGUGAUAAUAGGUGUGGAAAUGCACGGUCAACCACUGUCUCUCAAUUGCUACGAGAUUCUCAGAGGCAAAACUGUUAGUGGUUCAUUUUUCGGAGGCCUCAAACCUAAAUCCGACAUUCCACUUCUCGUCAACAAGUACUUAAACAAGGAGUUGGAUUUAGACAAAUUCAUUUCUCAUGAAAUAAAAUUCGAAGAAAUCAACAAAGCAUUUGAUUUACUCUUGGGAGGGAAAAGUUUGCGUUGCAUCAUAUGGAUGGAUAAAUAGAUGCAAAAGUGUAUUAUGUCUUUUGCUCUCUGUUAUGAGCUAAUGGACUCUGUCAUAAUAAUUUAUUAUCAAAUUUAAAAUAUUAUAAUUUUUAAUUUAUAAAAAUCUGGUGUGGAUAUAAUAUUUUAUAAGUCACGCGGAUAACCAAUAUCCUUUACCUUGUGUA